UUUGAUACGCGAAGAUCGUAAAGCAAACAACGGAAGAGAGGCAUUUACGCGAUGGUGCGAAUACAGUGCCAGUUGGGUAUAGAUGUGUUACACAGCUGUUGGCGGCAACGUCUCUGAACGGCUUAAUGCAGCAUUUGCACUCAUAAUGUGGGCCUGAUCGAAAGCCGCGAUCGGAGCGGCAGUGCGCCGUCUUAUCUCCAAGCUGCUUAUUCCGACUGUUGGUGCUGUGCGUUCGGAGAGUGAAUCGAUUUCUUGUGAAUACUUAUGCGAAGAAUAAUGAGUGAAGUGGACAUUCCUAAGGCUUUGCAGUUGGUGCGCGAGAAAAUAGCGGCCGCCUCUGCGGGUUUGGCUGGCCCAGCACCUCGCCUCGUAGCUGUGAGCAAAACGAAGCCCAAGGAGCUUGUGAUCACGGCUUACAACGAAGGUCAGAGGCAUUUCGGCGAGAACUACAUUCAAGAGCUUGUGGAGAAAGCUAAUAGCGCCGAGAUACUGCGCGACUGCCCGGACAUCAAGUGGCACUUCAUCGGCCGCCUGCAGAGCAACAAAGUGCCGAAGUUCCCGAAGAUACCCAACUUGUUCAUGGUGGAGACGUUGGAGUCCCAGAAAACUGCUCAUGCAUUGAACAACGCUUGGGCUGCGAGUGGACGUUCGCCACUCAACGUCUUGGUUCAGGUGAACACUAGCGGCGAGGAACAGAAAAAUGGCAUCGACCCAAAGGACGCGAGCCAGCUCGUAAAGUUUAUCGUAGGAGAGUGUCCUAGUCUAAAGUUCGCCGGACUGAUGACGAUAGGCAUGGCGGAGCACGAUAAGAGCGGCCCGAAUCCAGACUUCAUGUGCUUAGCGAAAUGCAAGGAAGAACUUUGCAAGGAGCUGGGGUUGAGUGCUUCGGACGUGGAGCUCAGUAUGGGCAUGUCUGCCGAUUUCAAGGAGGCGAUACGGAUGGGUAGCACUAAUGUUCGUAUCGGAAGCACGAUCUUCGGGCAUCGAAAUUAUCCCCAGAAAACUUAAAUCCGAGAACUGAACAAAACGAGUCGCUGCUUCCGGCACUUUCUCCUGGAUGUAUUAAUUAUAUCACAUUUUGAUUGUCGUCAUUUGUGAAAUAAAAAAAAAAAACGCACUGU